AGAAGAACUAGAUGCGUGUUGUCCAUUUGCGACUGGAAUUAGUUUCACCAUGAUGCUCCAUCGUCUUUCUCAACUCACCAUGGCGAUUCCUUAUCUCAGAACAGCCAUUAAAGCUUCUUAUCCUUCAUUUACCUCUUCCGCUUUCAGAUCCGAAGGUACUGUUUCAAUGGUGCAAGGAGCUUCCAGAGGCAUCGGCCUUCAAUUCGUUAAGCAAUUGUUGGACAAAGAUAAGAAGGGACAUGUUGUUGCUACAUGUCGUGAUCCAAAUGGGUCAAAAGGACUUCUCGACCUACAAAAUAAAUUUGGAGAACGCCUUAGCAUUCUGCCAUUGGAUUUAACAAUUGAAAGCACCAUACAGGAAUCAGCAUCAUCCAUAAGAGAGAAAUAUGGGUUUCUAAACCUGUUGAUUAAUGCAUCUGGGAUACUCUCGAUACCAGAUAUUAUGCAGCCAGAAACUACAUUGAGUAAAGUGCAGAAAUCAUCCAUGAUGUUAGCAUACGAGGUUAACGCGGUUGGUCCAAUUUUAGUGACCAAGCACAUGUGGCCAUUACUAAAGCUUGGAGGAGCAUGUGGUUUGGGAAAAGAAUUUGCUAUUGUAGCCAACCUAAGUGCUAGGGUAGGAUCUAUUGGAGACAAUCAUUUGGGAGGAUGGCACUCAUACCGAUCUUCUAAAACAGCACUUAAUCAGUUGACAAAAACAGUGUCAGUGGAAUUUGCCCGUAAAAAGGAUCCGAUUAUUUGCAUUCUGUUGCACCCUGGAACAGUGGACACUGAUCUCUCGAAGCCUUUUCAGAGAAAUGUGGCUGAAGGAAAGCUUUUCACCAAAGAGUUCUCUGUCAAAAAACUAUUGGAUAUCAUUGAAGGAGCAAAGAAGUGUGAUAACGGAAAGUUCUUUGCCUGGGAUGGUCAAGAAAUUCCCUGGUAGCCUCCAGAUUUCUCAUUUAAAUUUGCGAUUAUGAAAAUAUUCUUCUGGAUAGAAGAACAUGAGAAUUCCUUGCAUGACUUCACUCAGAAUAAAUAUGCUCUUGGAUUUCAUACAUGACAAUUUUAAGCAAAAGCAGUUAUAGGACUUGUAAAUGUGCAUAUCUUCAUGUAAAAUAGGUAACUAGAAAACAGCUAAUUGGUUAUUUUAAUUCCUAGUUAACUUUGUGUAA